AUGGCAGCCGAGUCAUUGCCUUUUUCCUUCGGGACACUGUCCAGCUGGGAGCUGGAAGCCUGGUAUGAGGACCUGCAGGAGGUGCUGUCCUCAGAUGAAAAUGGGGCUACCUAUGUUUCACCCCCUGGAAACGAGGAAGAAUCAAAAACUUUUACCACUCUUGACCCUGCGUCUCUGGCUUGGCUAACUGAGGAGCCAGGACCAGCAGAGGUCACGAACACCUCCCAGAGCCCUCGCUCUCCUGAUUCCAUUCAGAGCUCCCUGGCUCAGGAGGAAGAAGAGGAAGACCAAGAAAGACCCAGGAAGCGGAAACAGAGUGGCCAGUCCCUAGCUGGAGCUGGAAAGCAACGCAUGAAGGAGAAAGAACAAGAGAAUGAGAGAAAAGUGGCACAGCUAGCUGAAGAGAAUGAACGGCUCAAGCAGGAAAUCGAGCGCCUGACCAGGGAAGUGGAGGCGACUCGCCGAGCUCUGAUUGACCGAAUGGUUAACCUGCACAAAGCGUGAACGGUUGGAACCAUCACUUCCCCCCUCAGGCUAUUACCUACCUUUCGUGGAAGUGGCUGCUGACCAUCUUCUCAUCAGUGCCAAAUGAUGUGACCCUCGACCCCAUCUAUUCAGUAGGGGGAAAGCUUGGGGUAGACAACAGGAAAGGGUCUCAGCAUGUAUAUAGAGAUUGUACAUUUAUUUAUUACUGUCCAUAUCCAUUAAAGUGACUUCCUAUGA